AUGUGUGCUGGGAUUUUAUGUGGUAAAUCAUUUCCAUAUUAUCAUGAUCCACAAAAUGAGUCUGAUAUUAACCCAAGUGAUUUUCCAUGUGGAGUGGCUCCUGAUGUUACACUAGUAGUCUGCAAAGUGACAUCAGGUGCUUCAAAGACUGCAUCAUCAUUUGCUGUUGCUCAUGCAUUGCGUUGCAUUAAACAAUCAGAAGAUGUUGAUGUAGUUUGUCUGACAAUGGGAUCUCUAGGUUUUUCAUUCGAUGUUGUUUCAGCCAUUGAUGAACUUAUUCACAAUGGAGUCAUAGUUGUUUGUGCUGCUAGCAACUAUUGUCAUCAGUUUAGUCAGCCAAUCUGUUUUCCAGCUCGUCUAGGUCAUGUAUUAUGUAUUGGAUCUCAUGGUCCUCAUGGGAAACCUUCUUCUUUCUCACCAAUUGGUCAGGAGAUAGAUUUUCUUGCGCCAGGUGAAAAUGUAGCUGCACCUAACAGCACAUUCAUAGCCAACCAUGUAGCAGUUGAUAGUGGUACAUCUUAUGCUGCCUCAGCUGUUGCUGGUCUUGUUUGUCUUAUCUUACAGUACAUCAGUUCUUUGGGUGAUAAAUUUGGUACCGAGAUAGUCAAACAAUUUAAAAAUCAUUGGGUUAUGAAGGAAAUACUUCGUAAAAUGAGUACAUGUCCAGGUCGACACACAGAUGAUGAAGGAUUUGGAGCUCUUAAUCCACUUCAGUUCUUUCAACGACCUGAUCAUAUAAUUCAAAUGAUCCACGAUGAAGUCAUUAAUCCUGCGUUCACUGAACUUUCUCAGGAAUGA